UACUACGUAGAUCUCAGAGUCACUAUAUCCGAUGGAAGUAUCGACUAGGCACCCGCUGAACAGAACUGUUCUAUGGGAGGAGAACCCUUGUAAAUUGCAACAGUCCGCUUCACCCACAUCAUCGACUCGACCGGCGUCUUAAGGUCCUGACGAAGGUGUCUUCACCAAACUUCCAAACGGCGACGACCUCGAAACCGGCACCAUGGCUUGUCCGCAUCUCGGGGGCCGGCUCGCGCCUUACGAGGAAAUCUGGCACGAUCUUCCAGCUCCACCGCUGGGAAGCAUCUCAUGGAUUCUCCAGAGCGCUGACGACGGUGGGAAGUCUCUUUUAGGGAAGUUUGGGAGGUACUAUCUUGUGCUGAGUGGGAAAGAAGGACGAGAUUUGUCAGCCCUGAGAGAGGAGUGGGAUGCGGAGAAAAGCCGUUGGGAUGCUAAGUAUAGGAUUGGAAGUCUGAAUGACCUGCACUCAAUGAGCCGUGAUGGCUGGGAAGAUUUCAAGGGAGAACGCGGGUGGAAGGCUGGAGAGACGGCUGUGGUAGGAAUGCGGAAACUUUGCGUGAAGGCCAUAUGUCUGUCUGCGCGAAUACAAAUAAAUGCGGAGAUAAUAUGGCCUAUUAUUUUAGGGAUGGUGCCCCCUUUCAUCACUCUGACUCUCUGAGUGGAUCGAAUAAAGGUACACGUACUCGCAAGCAGUAUCCGCCAUUACUCACAAGUUCCGCCAUACCAGCUACCUAACACCAACUGCCAGGUUAGAGUAGAUUUGUAGUUUAACGCUGCGUUA